AUGGAUGCAUUCAAAGCACCUGAAAAUGAGUCUCUGCUGUCCAACUCCUCUGGUCCUACCAGGUGGGAUCCCUUCCGUCGUCCCUUGGAUUCCAUCCAGCCCUGGAACUUCAGGCUUCUGGCAGCAGUAAUGUUGGUGGUGACAUCUUUGUCGCUUGCGGAGAACCUGGCUGUAAUCCUGGUAACUUUUAAGUUCAAGCAGUUGAGACAACCUGUCAAUUACGUUAUAGUAAAUUUGUCUGUGGCUGAUUUCCUGGUCUCACUGAUUGGUGGCAUCAUCAGCUUUUUAACCAACCUAAAAGGUUAUUUUUAUAUGGGAUACUGGGCUUGUGUACUGGAAGGAUUUGCCGUCACAUUUUUCGGCAUUGUUGCUCUCUGGUCUCUUGCUCUGUUGGCUUUUGAGAGGUACAUUGUGAUCUGCCGUCCACUGGGAAAUAUGCACUUGAGGGGGAAGCAUGCAGCCCUAGGUAUUGUCUUUGUGUGGACUUUUUCCUUCGUUUGGACCAUUCCACCAACGAUGGGUUGGAGCAGUUAUACCACCAGUAAGAUUGGAACUACUUGUGAGCCUAACUGGUACUCGGGAGCUUAUCGUGACCAUACGUACAUUAUUGCAUUCUUCAUCACCUGUUUUGUAGUGCCUUUAUUGGUGAUUUUGGUAUCCUAUGGAAAACUGAUGCGGAAGCUAAGAAAGGUGUCAGAUACGCAAGGCAGGCUGGGAUCUACCAGGAAACCUGAAAGACAAGUGACUAGAAUGGUUGUGGUUAUGAUUAUUGCUUUUCUAAUCUGCUGGACACCAUACGCCGCCUUUUCCAUCUUGGUCACUGCACACCCCUCCAUUGAGCUGGAUCCUCGUCUGGCAGCAAUUCCAGCCUUCUUUUCCAAAACAGCUACUGUUUAUAAUCCAAUUAUUUACGUCUUUAUGAACAAACAGUUCAGGAAGUGUCUGAUUCAGAUGUUCAGCUGCAGUGCCAUAGAAACUGCAGAGUCCAACAUGAACCCAACUUCUGAAAGAGCAAUGCUAACCCAGGACAAAAGAGGCAGCGAGAUGUCCACCAUAGCAGUACGUAGCACCGUUUCUAAGAGGAAAACCGGAGAUGAACACAGAAAUUGCCAUACUUUCACUCAAUUGGCAGCUUCAGAAAACAAAAUCUAUCCCGUGUAGCGUGGCAGAUAUGAUCGUUGAUGCAGUGCUACAGCAUAUUGCCUUGUUACCAUCACUGAAUACAAAAAGUGUUAUCAGUGAGGACGUUUGGCUUCUGUGGACACUGGCUUUUGAGAUUCUGGGCUCCUGAGUGCAUAUAAGAGUGUCUUAGCUCUGCAGUUGCAGUCGAACACUCAGCCAUAGGGUGAGUCCCUUCCUCCACUGCAUUCCUCUUCCCAAUACACAGCCUACUUGCUCCCAGAAAUAACAGCGGAGCCCAGUGCCGCUAUGCUGGCACCUAACACAGUAAUGAUGGAGGAGUUUUAUGCUGCUGAAUGCUCCUGGAUGAAAACAUGAAGUGGCACACUGUUUCAACAUGCUACUGGACAAAUAAAUAACAUAUAUCGCAUACAGCUGACUCACUUUCAGCCAGUGGAUAUUCAGGGAAGAAAAGAUCUGAGUGCUUUCCUUGGUUUGUUUGAGUAUUUUUCACUAAUAAAAGCAGAGGAAGCCAGAGGCUUCUGCACUUAGGUUUGUCCUUAGUGAGAACUUCAUCUGGGCCACUAAGAUCUCUAGCAGCUUGGGCAAGGCAUCCAGACUCCCAAGCACUAUUUUAUUUAAUUAAGCCCUAUCAAGAGUUGAUCAUAUCCUCUCUCUGCAUCCCCUCUUUCCCAGAAAAUCCUAUGUACUCAUGGCAGCUUUUGAAGUAAAUUAGUUUAGACUAUAUGUUUAUUGUAGGUCUCUUGCAACUAAACUACUCUGUUAACUCAGCUUUAGAAGAGGAGUUAGUAGGGUAUAGGACAGUACAACUGGGCAGGAAUGCUGGAGAAAGGAUCAGUAGUACAGCUCAGAGUUGUGAAGCUGGGGUUUAUGGGAUGGAAGGUUUUCCCUGUACAUACUUGCGAAGCGCAGAGCUAAGAUCUAUCAUGUUCUUGAGACCACGUAGCUCCAGGUGACAACUAUGACUUCUGUUUCAAUUACAAUUUCCAGAAAUCCGUGGUUAAAGAAUACAGAGUUUGUGUAUG